CUCACAUGCGCUUUUCUUUCAGGCUAUAACUAUGAAAUGUUUGCGGUCAGCGCUCACGGUUGAUGUUUGAGGGCCGCGUCUCAUGUCACACACACUCCUGGGGUCCCUGAACCCCCAUGAGAGGAACCACGGACACAGACAUCGGUGUGGAGCCUCCCACUCCUGCGGGCGGUCGGCUGGGCGCAGGUGCGGGGGGGUUCGCCGUUCUACCGUGAGCUGUGGUUCAUUGUGCUGAUGUCUGGAGUCGCACUGUUGCUGUUGGCUCUCAUUCUGGCUAUAGUUUUACAGAAAGCUCUCAAUAAACCGCCGUUCACCCGGGAACGGCCGCCCCUUGUACCGCUGCCGCUCCAGCGCCGCAGCCCGCUGGCUGUCUACCCACCCAGCAACUCCUACCUGUUCGACACGGUCCCAGAAACGGUGGGAUCUCCGAACAGCGUCACGCUGAAAGCCUUCACUCUACACAUGGAGGAGGUGAUUGAGAGUAAAGUGGUGGAGGAGGAGCAUUCUGCUGAGGGUGAGGGUGGUUUGGUGACGGUCUCAGGUCUGUACACACAAAACCCUUUACAGCGCAGUGUCAGUCAGCUCAUCGACAAGAAAGAUGAGGAAUCGUGGGAGCCACACUUUAGACGCCUCGACAGUGGUCUGUUUGAAGGUGAGGAGUUUGUGGACACAAUCAAAGGCUUCAGCACAGUCAGGAAGGAACACACCAUGUUCACCGACACCAACCUUUGACCCUCAUCUCACAUCAUCAGCACUUUCUCCAAACAUCAUCUCAGAACUGAACUAUGUUUGGACGCAUUCGGAACCGGACUCAAAUCUGUGACACCAACAGGAGGAAACCGGAUAAUACAGCAGACAAAAAAUAUAUAUAUAUAUAUUGAAUUGAAAAUAUUAUUUAUGUAAGGUGGCAAACAAGCACUGUAUAAAGCUAGCUUAGAAAUGUGCAAACUCUUUGUGGAAAAUGUAUUGCUUUAGCUUUUUUAUUUGAAGAACAGUUGUAAUUUUAUAACAAAUGUAAUAUUUAAGCAUUAAGCACAAGAGGCUACAUCAUAAUAAAGAUAUUAAAGAUACAACUUUUCAUUAAAACACAGU